UCUUCCACUCCAAGCGCUACCUUGACCCUUUCGUUUGACUGCGGGCAUCAGUCGACUGCGGGCAACAUGUUUUUUGCUCUUUCUCUCAUCUCGGCAGCCAUCCUUGUUGCUGCAGACACGCCGGAAAGCGUGGCUAGCCAGUUUGGUUUGACCACAAGCACGACUCUUCCUUUCCCGGCUGCCACUGCAUCGAACAGUGAUGCCCAAGCUCUUUUGGUUUCUCAAUGGGGUCUGAGUAGAGGUCGUAUCCAGAAUGGAGCUGGAGAUUUAUCAUUUGUGGCCGAUCCCUUCCCGGACAAGCCUGCGCCAGGUUCUGCUACCAACUCGUCCGGUCCCGUGCUUCAGAUCACAUAUCCUGAAGGCAGCUUUUCCGGCGACACGGGAGGCGCCCAGUUCUACAAUCUUUGGAACUCGUCUGGCUCCGCUGGAUUCCAGUCCAUGUUACUGUCCUAUGAAGUCGCGUUCGACAAGGGUUUCAACUGGGUCAAGGGUGGAAAGCUCCCCGGUCUUCGUGGUGGCAGCCCAAAUGGCUGCUCGGGCGGGAAUCGCUCCGACGGAAGCCGUUGUUUCAGUUCCAGGAUUAUGUGGCGGCUGAAUGGCCAGGGAGAAGGCUACACAUACACGCCUACCCCUAAUAACAUUUGCUCCGAUAGCAAAGUGUCCUGCAACAGUGACGAUUUUGGAACCUCACUGGCGCGAGGCUCGUUCACCUUCUCAAGCGGGCAAUGGAACCAUGUUACUAUGCUCGUCCAAAUGAACAAUCCAGUCGAUAUUGCUAAUGGCAACAUACAAGUCUACUUCAAUAACGUGCUGGCUUUCGCACAGUCAAACAUGCAGAUACGCACGACAACCAACCUGACCAUAAACGGCCUUUACUUCUCAACAUUCUUUGGCGGUGCUGACGACUCAUGGGCUACGCCCGAAACAACACACACCUAUUUCAGGAACUUACAGCUAUGGGGAGGCUCUAAUCCUUCAACGUUGGCUGGCGCUAAAGUCAGCUCUGCUCUCCCACGACUACGCUCUGCCUCAACCUUGCUCUGUGCCGCUUUGUUAGUCGGGACUCUUUCUGUACUAUAG